AUAUUGAAACAUUUUGGUAACAUUCAGUCAUGAACUUCAACGAUGAACUUUGAUAGAAAACUGCAAGGAAGCGAUGAUGUCAAAGGCUCCAAAAAGUCACGUCAAGAUCUUCACAUAGCAGCUCAACGCAAUUACUUGGCCAGACAGAAGGGUGGGGAAAUUCAACGAAGAAUUAGAAACCUUGAUCGACAGUUUCAUCAGGACAUUUUACGCUUAGAAAAUUCGAUGAGCAUUAUGGAGGUACCGGAAAAGUCUUUGGCUGCGAAAUGGAUAUCCAAAUUAAGAGCACAUCAGCCCAAUCUCAGUGAAGCUAAUGCCCGAAACUAUAUUCUGACAUACUUACUGCAAUCUAAUCCGUGCAAAAUAUUCGGAAAGAAGCCGUUCAACAAUCCUCCAUCGCAGAAUGACUUAUCGCAAAUUAAAAAGGAAAUCUCUGUUUCAACCGAUAAGAAGGUGGUCCAGGACUUGUUUUCCAAUUCAUGCGAUAAUGGUGCCUUUCUACGUAAAUUACCUGUACCACGGGAUGGAGCUUUUUUUAUAGUCCAUCUUCACCCAAAUUUGAUAUGAUUCUUAUUAAAAUUCAAAGCAUCAAAGAAUAAAUUUUAUCUAUGCAAAUUCUGCAAGAAAUCUGUGACCUGCUGUUGAGAUAAACAACGGCAAACAUUUACAUGAGAAUUAUUUAGUCAUCAAAUACAUUUCCGCAAAAUCGUU